UUUGUGUGUGUUUUUUCACCAGCUGAAAAUGGCGGCGGCCCCCGGACCGUCGACAGCUCCUAACUUUUAACACACAAUAACAAAUACCUCUAUGAUAUUAGGCUUUUGUUCACAUAACAUGGGGAGAGACCUUACCAGGAGGCUUCAGACGCGUUAGUCGGGACACACCACUUUAACUACAACGUCUUUGCAGACUUCAAACGUAAAGAUUAUGGAGGAUCCUCACACCCGCUACAGUAAGCGAUUGCGGACAGCUCCGCGCAGACAGUAUCAAGAUGAUGGAAUCUCAGACGAUGAGAUUGAAGGAAAACGAACGUUUGACCUGGAUGAGAAGUUGCAGUGUGAGAGGUUUGGCAGUAAUCUGGUCAAACACAUGGAGGGCAAAGAUUUUACAUAUGAAUACAUACAGAGGGAAGGGCUCAGAGACCCUAUUAUUUUUAAGACAAGUGAUGGCCUUGGACUACAAAUGCCAGAUCCAGAUUUCAGCGUGAGUGAUGUCAAAGUGUUUGUCGGAAGUCGACGGAUUGUAGACGUCAUGGACGUGAAUACCCAGAAGGGAAUUGAGAUGUCUAUGGCCCAGUGGAGACGCUACUAUGAGACGCCACCAUCAGAAAGGGAAAAACUCUACAAUGUGAUCAGCCUGGAGUUCAGCCACACCAAGCUUGAGAACCUGGUCAAGCGACCAGCGUCGGUGGACCUCAUUGAUUGGGUGGACAACAUGUGGCCCCGUCAUCUGAAGGAGAGACAGAGGGACUCCACCAAUGCCAUCAUUGACAUGCAUUAUCCCAAAGUACAGAAGUACUGUCUCAUGAGUGUGCAGGGCUGCUUCACAGACUUCCACAUCGACUUUGGUGGAACUUCAGUCUGGUACCACAUUCUGCGAGGGGCAAAGGUGUUCUGGCUGAUUCCACCAACACCUCAGAACCUGGAAAUGUAUGAGAACUGGGUUUUAUCUGGAAAGCAAGGAGACAUCUUCUUGGGAGACAAGUGUUACGACUGCCAGAGGAUAGAGCUUCAGCAAGGCAAUACGUUCAUAAUCCCAUCAGGGUGGAUCCAUGCUGUUUACACUCCAGAAGACACUUUGGUGUUUGGGGGAAAUUUUCUCCACAGCUUUAACAUCCCCAUGCAGCUUAACAUCUACAACAUUGAAGAUCGCACACGGGUGCCAGCAAAGUUCCGCUACCCAUUUUACUAUGAGAUGUGCUGGUAUGUCCUAGAGAGAUACCUUUUCUGUCUGACCAACAUCUCCCACCUCACACCUGAGUUCCAAAAAUACUCCCUGGGUAUCGGACUGACACCGGCAGAUGUUGGAAUCACUGAUCCUUCCGUGAACGGCACCAAUGGAGUUGAUGGUGAAGCUGAAGAAAAGCAUAAGGAAGAGGAAGUGAAGCACGAAGAGGACCAUGAGGAGCUCAAAAUCAAAGCUGUUACACCUCGGCCUGUGCUGACCCCGUUUGAACAGGAGGGACUGUGGAAUCUGUUAGGGAAGCUGGAGGAGCUGCCAGCUCACAAAAAGUGUGUCCCUGCAGGGAUUAGAAAUGCUGCAGAGCUGCUGGAUGACAUGAGGGCUGUUCUAACUGAAUGUGCCAGUGAUAAUAUCAAGCUGGCCUACACUGGAACGCCAAUAAUCAGUUGGCCUAAAAGGCCAUCAUGGUACCAGCCGCCAACCCCCCCGGCACCGGUCAUUUACCGUCCUCGCUUGGGUCCAUCUCUGCACAAAUCUAAAACGUCUAAAAAACACACUUCCAUUUCGGCUCUGAGGCGCAGACGGGUCAGAUGCAAGCGCUGCUCGGCAUGCUGCCGAAAGGAGUGUGGGAAAUGCCAGUACUGUCAUGACAUGAGGAAAUUUGGUGGUCCUGGUCGUAUGAAAAAGAGCUGCGUCAUGAGGCAGUGUUUGAUGCCUGCCCUACCGAACACAGCCAGAUGUGCCGUAUGUGGAGAAGGAGAGUUUGACGAAUCAGAUCCCAGCACCUACUCUUUAAUGGAGUGCACUGCCUGUUCGCAGAUCGUUCAUCGUCAGUGCGUUAAGGAACCUGGCGAGGGAAAGAUCAAUAAGGACCUACCCAGCUGCUGGGAAUGUCCAAAAUGUUACCAAGGCUUGGACUCUGAAUCAGAGUCUUCCAGUGAUGAGGAGAGCGACGAAUCUGAGGGCUCCACCUUCAUGCCACAGUCUAAACGUGCAUAUCAGGAAGACAACGAUGUGGAAGGGGUGAGGCGGCGGCAACGCAGCAGAUCGCCGGGCCGACAAACGGCACCACCUCCCUCACAAAAACUUCUCCUGCAGCAUCAGCAGAAUCGCAAACGGGAGAGUGCGCUGGAGUACAGGCUAAAGAAACGGAUAAAACUGGAGAGAAGCAAGCUUUUAAGAAAACAGUCAUCUUUGGGUCGCUCUCCAAUUCCUCUGAGGUCCAGGCUGAUGUCUCGCCUGAACUCUCCAGUCAGCAGGGUGUCUCAGGGCCAAAGCCGGGGCUCCCCUUGGGCAAGUGGUUCAUCUCACAGCAGCAUUCUGGGAGGCAAUGGUUCGUUUGGGCAGCAGAAGUCCUCCCACAGCCUGGUUCUUCAUCCCAAAGGAGAGCCACGCAGGGGACACGGGAGAGGUGUGAGACUCCGGGGUGGAGGAGCCGGGCGAGGUGGAGGCAGGCAUCAUGUCCUGGAGGACGACACUGAGGAUAGCAGUGGCAGCACCUCCAACAGCAGUACCAGUGAGGAAGAUGACGAAGACGAUGAGGAGGAGGAGAGUGGGCUGAGCAACGGGAGGGGAGGGGAUAAAGAGAACCAGCCACAGUCGGGGCAAGGGCAGCCUCCCACUGAACAGGAGGACUGUGGAAGUGGACUGGGAAACCAAAACGGAGGAGAUAAGGAGGAUGAAGAAGAGGACAUGGAGCAUGACAUUCCAAAUGGGGACAAAGAUGGCUCCUUUAUCAAAGUGACACUUCAGAAGCCAUCCAGAGCAAAACAGGACUCCUCAGCUAUUGUCCCAAAAUUAGAGGCUGUCGCCCCUCAAACUGCCACUUCCCCAACACACAGCCAGAGCAAACCCCUGGUCAGACCCCCUAUUAGAAACCGACGGCUUUGUCCUGUUCCACACACCCCCCCAUACACUCGGAGCAGACAAACAGACUCUCGUUCUUCCAACCCAGACAGACUUGAAGCAUCAACGCAAACGACGCCCAACAGACCAGCCAAACUAAGCAAUGGUGCUUCCUCCUCUGCAUCAUCUGAGCUUCACCACCUCAGGGUCCCUCUGUCUGCUCUGCAGGAAGGAGGGGGAGAGGCAGACAGGGAGAAUGCAGGAAGUAGUCCAAGCUGUGAGAGGGAAGUCUGGGUCUCUGUCUUCCGCUACUUAAAUCGAGCCGACCUGUGCAUCUGCAUGGCAGUCUGCAAGAACUGGUACAAAUGGUGUUUAGAUAAAAGACUUUGGGCCCGGAUUGACCUGAGCAUCAAGCGCACUGUGACCCCUCAGGCCCUCAAAGGCAUCAUUAAGAGACAGCCCGUCACGCUCGACCUCUCUUGGACAAACAUCUCCAAAAAGCAGCUCAACUGGCUGAUUGGCCGCCUGCCUGGGCUAAAGGAUUUGAUGCUGUCCGGUUGUUCCUGGUCGUCUAUUUCAGCUCUCUGCUCCACUGGGUGCCCGCUCCUCCGCUCUCUGGACCUGCGUAAUGCUUACGGCGUCAAAGAUGCCCAGAUCAGGGAUUUAGUCAUACCUCCAGGCUGUGAUAACCGCAGUCAGCUGAGGAACAUGCAGUGUUUGCGGCUUGCAGGUCUGGACAUCGGCGACUCCACCCUGCGACUGAUAAUUCGCCACAUGCCCCACUUAACAAAACUGGAUCUUUCCCACUGCAACAGCGUCACCGACCACUCCAUCAACCUGCUGACCGCGGUCGGCUCAUCCACCCGAAACACGCUGACAGAACUCACCCUAGCAGGUUGCAGCAAGCUGACGGACACGUGUUUGAAAUAUCUCCGCCCCCUGUCUUGCAUCUCUUUGCUUGACCUGCGAGGCUGCAAGGGAGUUUCCAGAAAGGCUUGCGAGGCCUUCAUCUCCGAGCUGUCAGUCAACACACUCUACUGCCUAUCGGAUGAGAAACUGAUCCAGCGGAUAUCCUAGUGGCCUGCCUUCUUUUGCUGCUGGGAUGAUUUGAGAUGCAAAAAGCAGAGGGUGUGGAUCUUGACCAGACUCUGACAGAGGAAGCUCGCAUGCACAAGGGGUGGGGUCUGAACUGGAGGGCCUUCUUACUUCACUGGUGUUUGGUAAAAAGUGUUGUUAAAGCCAGAUCAAUAUGUCUUACUUUUAUUUUCUGUGUUCCUACAGACACUCAGGAGUCUUCUCGCUUUUCAUUAGAUUUUUGUUUUCUUCAGAAGCAUAUACUUUUUCAUUAACUGGAAUGGGAGAAUGGUUCGCUAGUUCACUUUAAACUGUGGGUUUCCACCGCCUCAUUUCACCAGUGUCGACUCCUAUCACAAGCUCCUGCCUUUCAGAAUAAGAUGAGCAAAGCCUUUAAGUUGUAUCUUUGGGAUAUAAAAAUGUAUCUAUUAUCAUUUUCAAUUUCAGUUACAUUUGAAUGCUUCUAAUGGAUUAAGUAGUCAGCUUUCGGUUCAUGCACAACAUAGCUUGGAUUUUCUUUUUAACUUUUAAAGUAAAGUCAAAACUACUGGACUGACUUGUGUUUACCAUUGUGCAUUCAGCUUUGUAAUUAAGACAUACUGCAGCAGUACAUCAGUGGUUUACACUGUCAGGUUAAAAAAAAAAAAAAAAAGGUACAAAGACUGUGUGAAUAGGCAAUCAAAAUAGCAACAAGACCUCACCCCCGGAUAAGGGCAGGUUGUGGAGGAUAAGCCAAGGAUAAGGUGUCAGAUAAAUGGUGCAUUUCAAAGCAGUUCAACUUCAGGUGCUAUUAUUUUGAAAGUCGUAUUGCUUUGUUUUUGUAUAGACAUUUAAAGCAAAACUAUUGUAGAUGAAACUACUCCCCACUCCUCUUUGAUACAAUUUCUUUUAUAUAUAUAUA